GAAGCUUUGUUUAAUUUGACAUUAGUUUUCAAUGUCAGCUCUAUUUCAAAAUUUUCUUCUACGCAUUUUGAAAAAAGUUAUAAUUUGCUAAAAAUGAAUAAAAAGGAAAGUGAGCCUAAGACUUCACUAUCACUCUCGUUGUUUAAUUUAUUUAAAUUAGGACUUUUUGAAACAAUUUACGCCAAGGGUCCAAACUCUGAUACUAAUUCCCCCCGAAAGGAUCUGUGGCACCAUCCCGGAUCCCCAAGAAAGGCCUGUGUGAACAAGAACCAAAUUGAUGAUUCUGCGGAUUCAGCCAGUAGUUCAGCGAGGGAUCCAUGUGCGCCACCACAUAAACCUACCUGUGCUGAUAGAUCUGCUGGUGGUGAUGCGCCACCAAUCAAAAUAUGCAGGUGCAAAGUGGCUACGGAUGGCUCCAAGUUAUCUGCUGGUGACCGAGGAAAAACUGGAGCUGGGGUGACUGGCUCUCGAGCAGGACGUGUGGACGAUCGGAAAGUACGAUGUGACAAGGAUCAAAAGGAUCCCGAUGAUCUACCAGCAGGUGCUACCAACCCGGGUCUUCUGCGGCACAUACACAAUGCAGCAAGAUAUAGACUACCACAAUGUUUUGAAGGUGGCAGUGUUUCUGUGAAACAAAGCUCAAGUACCAAUUGGAUCUUUGGUCAUUCUCUGUCGUUUAGUUCAGUGUCACCUGGCGGUUAUAAACUGUUGUUAUCGUACGUGGAUAAGAACAAGCCGUCAUCAUUGCCAUACUUCGUUAUGGAAGCCGCGCCGGGUGGGCAGAUGAGCUGCGAAAUGCGCGUGGGACCGACUCAGGGCACCCGGGCAACAGUCGUCGCACAAAUAGCUGAGGCUGAGUUCUACAGUUUUGAGAGCAUUAUGGACGCAUACUUCAAUAAGUUCACAGCCUCUAUUAUUGCUGUGAACCGGGAGUUCAUUGCACUUCAUUAUCUGCAGGCUGUGACGGACCAGCUAUCACUGGGGGCAGAGGUGGUGGCCCGCGGUCACUCGGCUGAGCUGAGCUCUGCGUCGGGGGCCGGGCGGUGGGUGUACGAAGACCACUCUGUCAGCGCCACACUCGGCAACCGCGGCCUAGACCUGUGCUAUGCGAGAGACAUCAGACCUUUCCUCACAGUUGCUGCUAUGCUUGAGGUGGGAUUCGCAGUCCGUCGUGCAGUAGCGACCCUGGCCUACGAAUGGCAUACGGAAGAGUGGACGGUACGAGGGUCCGCAGACUCCGACGGCCUGGUCGGUGCCACACUCCAGAGGUCCCUCGGAGGUCGGAAGGCGAAGCUCGCGUGCGCCAUCUCCGCACUUCUCAACCAUCCUAACGAUAAGUUCAGACUCGGGUUUGGAAUUACGGCUGCCAUUGUUUAAACAACAGUAAAUCUAGCUAGUUUCAAAUAUUAAUUUAACAACUAUCUUGUAGGUACUAUGCACGACGACACGCUAAACAUAAUUAUGUAGAUGCAAAUAUAAUACCUAUAUACUUACUUAAUUUGGUGUUUGUCAAUUUCUACUGAUUGACAGAAAUAAAUGAUGUGUAGGUAAGUUUGGUGAAAGAUCGUUCGAGCUCGUCUAAUUAGCGUUAGUGUUAGUUUUUGAUGUUGUACCCAAUUGAAAUUUGAUAAUUAUACAUAUAGUUAAAUGUUUUUGUAUGUAAUGUUAUGGUGAGUAAGCCUAUGGAUGCAUUUUUAAGUGUCCUUGUUUCAAACGUUGAAUUAUAACCGGUCGAUUUUCAUUCUUACAAAAAUUACUAAAAUGUUAUUGUGACGCAAUUUUUUCACAGGCAUUUUUCUAUCUAACGGUUAUGAAAACUUGGUUAAACAAACUAAGAUUUGGUUGUAAGCAAAUCGAAGUUGUCAAAUUUCAGCAUAUGGUAUAAACUGGUACAAGAAGUGUGUCAUGAAAAUCGACCAAUAUAGGUACAUAAUUCAGUCAGAGAAAUGAAGAAAAUAUAGGUAUUUUGUAAUUCGUUUUAGAAAACUAAUCGACAUGAACAAUGGAAUCUAGAUGUUUAAUAUUGUUAUUUUGAUAUUAAUAUUAAAUAGGUAUUAUUUAUUAA